ACACACGCUCGGACGUGACGCCAGCUGAGUUAGCCAAGCACUUCUGAUGACAUUUUUUCUCUAUCUGUUCACUCCGAGCCAGACGGAGCUGUGCGCCUACAACAUUCCAACCCGGGCUUUUCCAUCUUUUUUUCUUUGUUUUUUCAUGUUUCUAUUAUUUAUUUAUUUUUCCUAAAAGACUACAUGUAGGAAACGCGCAGGAAGGGGAAGGUGUUCCACAUCUGGAUCAUACCAACCCAUCGGCUCGCGCGACUCGGCCCACGCUACAGACACGAGGAUUUGUCAUCCCCGUUGUGCAUAAGUGAUGAAUUCACCGCGGAGCUGCCACUCUUGAUCUUUGCAUAAACCCAGAUGCCUCCCCUCCCUCUUGACGAGCGCAUAGUGGUUAUUCAGCGCCCUAAAAACUUAGCCCUAUGUGAGGCUUCCCCACAAACCAUCCCACAGCACUCCUCUCAGAUAACAGCUUCUUCUAAUGGACAAGUUCCCCAUCCUACUCAUCUCCACCGAUCUCAGUCCCAUUUUUAUUCACCCUCUUGUAAAUCUCUGAGUGUGGAAUGCAAGCGCAGGUCCUCCCGAGUGCAGAAAUUCAAGGGCGAGCAGCUUGGCAUCCCAGAAGGUGUCAGACACAUCCCGAGCCACUGCCAUAGCAAUGGCACAGUAACUCUUGGCCCACGGCUACCCUCCCAUACGCAUACUAUUGAUAUCAAGGUGACAGUGGACAAAGGAGGACGGGGAUCAUUGAGCAACUCAUUAGGGCGUUGUGGAAGUGUAAAAGGUGGGAGAGGGAAAUGUGUGUCUUCCCAGCUGGAUCAAGGACAGUGUGAGAGAAAAACUGGAAGUGCAGGGAGACCAGGUGGAGUUGAGCACAAGUCACAGCGAAUUCGUCAGCUGUCAUCGUCCCCUGGAGGGGUCUUGCAGUUUGUUCCCGCUCAGGCGCAGCAGCACAAGUUCAGAAGUGAAAAAGAGAAAGAAAACAGCAGUUUUCAUAAAAGAAGUGAUCAGGAAUUUUCUUCUUUGGGUCACAAAAAUAAUUUCAAACUGGGAACUGUCCACCAAAGCCAUAAUAACCACAAAUUGCCCUACCACCACAACUCCGUCCCUGUACCCCAUGCUGCCAUCCUAAACUCCAGCUAUCCGUCAUCCCCACCCUCCCAGUCCACCCAUGUCCCAGUCUCAUUUCAGCAGCUCAGCCAGCCUCACCCGCCUCGUUCAAGAGACCACCGCCCUCAUAUUCUUCAUGGUCUUCCCCUGUCGCCUUGCUCCUCCCAUGCAGGAGGUUUCCCCAGCCCUGAUCACACCUGCACCAUCGAUUGUACGCACCCCUUCAGUUGCGGCUGUUGGAGGUUGGUAAGAUGCAGGGGGUGUAAGGGGGAUUCUUCUAGUUUCCAAGGAGGUGGAGGAAGCACUUCCACUUCAUUUUCUUGUGGUCAUGCUGGAGCAGUGAAGAGCAGAAGCAAAGAAAUGGGCCUGAGAAAUCUGGGUGGGUGUCUCUCUACCGCCUCCACCUCCAAUACCUCGUCAACCAACAGCACUGCGUCUGACUGUCGGGGAAGCCUCUUAAAGCCUCUUCGUUGUGCCUCCUGCUCUGGUGAGGCUGGAAACUUUGAGAGUCCUGCUAUUCUUCGCAAAAGACUAGUGGGAGGAUGCCUUCCCUGUACUCCUUUAUCCUCUUCGGCACCACUAAGGGCAAUACAGAGCUGCGUGACAGGCUGCAAUCCAAAAGCCUCUCAGACAGGCAGUUCCACCUGCAGCUACUGCAGCAGCGACCCCAUAGUGGUGACAUUCAACCCUCGUCGAGGCAAACCCCCAGGAAGAGGCAUUGGGGCAACUCAUCCAAUGGCCAUGUUCCAAGCUGAUGAUGAUGACUACAGUGUGCGCACUAUCUGGCCUGAAGAACUGGCCAAGAAGAUGACACAUUCUAAAGCCCAAAAGAACUGUGUCGGGAUCGGGGUUGGCAAAACCUGUUCUGGCCAGGCUCAGAAAGGUAGUAAUGGUACAGGCCUUGUCCUCUUGGACUGCCAAAACCUCCAGGAAUAUGCACAAACACAUUUUACAGACCGUGCUGGCCGACGGCGGCUCCAGCAGGGUAAAAUGGCCAGCCUUGAUUUUGCCGGCUGCCGGUUGGGAUCUGAUUAUGAAGACGGCCGCAAUUCGCUGAAAAGGCUCUUGAAUAAAGCAGAUGAUGUAUGCAUGAGCGAUGGUCCUGAACAAGACGAAGAUGCAGCAUAUCCUCGUUCCCCUUCUCCACGGUCGGUGUCCCCGCCAUCACCUGUGUCCUUUUCCCCUCCACCGUCUGCCCCUAGCACACUCAUUAAACCCAAACCCUGGCAGAGAGACAGGGAAGGAGGACACACUCUGCCAUCAGCUCACUCCCUUCACCUGGCCCUGAACUCCCUGAACAGAGAACAAGAUGAGGAGAACAACAGAAUGCGCCUCUCUCUGCCGCUCUCCUCGUCGUUGCCAGCUUCUCUGUCCGAUGAAACUGUGAUGACCCCUGAUGCAGAGAAUGCCGUCAUCAGCCCGAUCCUGCCCUUCCUGUUCCUGGGGAAUGAGAGAGACGCCCAGGACCUAGACCUGUUGCUGCGUCUCAACAUUGGCUAUGUGGUGAAUGUGACCACACACCUGCCCCUCUACCAUGUCAACUCUGGCCUGCGCUACAAAAGGCUCCCAGCCACCGACAACAGCAAGCAAAACCUCCGACAGUAUUUUGAGGAGGUUUUUGAGUUUAUUGAGGAGGCAUAUCAGAGUGGACAGGGAGUGCUGGUACACUGCCAGGCAGGCGUGUCCCGUUCUGCUACCAUUGUCAUCGCCUACCUGAUGAAGCACACCCUCAUGACAAUGACAGAUGCCUACAAAUACGUGAGGAGUCGUCGCCCAGUGGUGUCACCUAAUCUUAACUUCAUGGGCCAGCUUCUGGAGUUUGAGAGGGACCUCAACUCUGGGGUGACUCCCAGGAUCUUGAUGCCUAAACUUAACGGAGUGGAGACACAGGUGUGAAAGAGGUCAGGACUUCGGGAGUGUGUAGCAUUACCAUAGGAGAAGAAGACAAAGAUGAGAUAAUACAAUGACAGAAAGAGUG